AUUUUCAUUUGUUUCCGAUUUUGUACUUUUGUAGACAUUCAGGACUUUCUUAAUUAUAAUUAUUGCAUCUGUAUCACUUUUUGUUUGGGGACAAUAACUUGCGAUUGAAAAUUGUAGGACAACAACGGUCACAAUUUUAUAGCAGAAAUAUUAAUACUUGUGUGCCUUUUUUCUCCGUUACAAACCCCACUUCUUGUUCUUAUGGGUUUUUGGUUUGUUCACUUCGAGAAGAGGAGGAUUCUACCUUAAAGAGCUUCAGUUUCAAUUCAAUUUUGCUACACUACGAUUUCAUUUCGAUUAAAAUUGUGGACUGUAAUAGUGAUUAGUGACCUUAAUAUUUUGUGUUUAGUAUAAACAACAUUUUAACUUAGCUAAACGUAUAAACAUUGACCUAAGAUCCGGUGGUGGUGGGCUAGGGCUAGUUCUGGAUGACAGUUAGGCCUACUAGGUCUAGCCCGAUCUUCAAACCAAGCCAAGCCUUUCAGAACCUUUGUGAGUCGAUUGAAUCAGUGAUCAGUGAUGUUUUGUGGUAUCUACAUUGUUAUUCCAAUAGGCCUAUUUAGAAGCAUAAUUCCUUCCUAGGCUAGAUUUAUCUUGAGGCAUGGUAUCUCCCUACAAAAAGAAGAGAGAUAAAAAAGGGAGGGAGACUAAUGACCAGCUUGGAGUAAAGGAAAAGACAGGCACUAGAAAACAAAAAGUUUAUAAACCGCUUUCGACAAAAAAGUUUUACCUAGAUAUUAAAAACAGUGCUGCGCUGUCGAAGUUGGAAACUAAACUCAAAUCACUUGGUGCGACUAUAGAACAGUUCCUAGUAAAGGAGGUGAGUUACGUUGUGACUGAUCGCAAGGACAGUUUGUCGGAAAGCCGUCCCAGUGCAAGUUGUUCAACACCUGCCUCGCCUUCACCUUCCCCCUCUCCAUCAGUGGGUGUGUCGUCUCCUCUCGAUGGCUUGGGCCAGAAGAAAACCAGAUCGCGUGCUGAGGCUAUGCUAGAGAGGGUUCGCCUACAGCCUCAGUCUGUGAAAAUCGACCCGUUAGACAACGCUCGCAACUGGAACAUUCCAAUCUACUCUGUCCAGGAGAUUUGGCAUCGCCUUGAGAAGAUCAGCGCUAAGGUAUCACACAGUAGCCAUAGCACUGCACCAGGACUCAAGGUACUGAGAGGACAUUAUCUGAAGCUAGAGACAGGCCCUGGCCGACGACCGGAGUUCAAGGAACUACGACAUUGGCCGAACGUUGACCUAGACAGUGCGCAGGGCGAAAGUCCCUUCAUUCGUCCUUUGGAUGGCUCCCAGAGAAUGACUCGGAAAGCGACCAAGGAUGGAACGGAGCGUUUGGCCCAUGGCUUUUGCGAGAUGUGCUGCGUCGAAUACCCAGACAUCAAGACUCACGUAUUGACUCCUCGACAUCUCAAGUUUGUUAACGACACAGAGAACUAUGCCGAGCUCGACAAUCUCAUCAAGUGCAAGACAAUUGACUCCUUCCUUACCUCGCAGAUGUGUGCCAGUAUAGGGGGCCGCAGGUGUUUACGCGGGGGCUCCGUUGAGAAGGUGAUGGGUUCUCGGAACAGCAGCCUUUCCCAAUCCAACGGACAGCUGUUGCCUCGCACCCGAGCCACCACACGUUCGUUGGAUGACUCUUACACCAAGAAGCCUCUUGAGGUGCAUUGCAAUGGCAUUGUGAACCAUAAUCAUCUAACAAGAUCUGCUGUUAAAAGUGACAGUGUGUUGGGGAGAGAGCUUGGACUGGAGUUGGAGGGGAUCUCUCGACGUACCAGAACAAUCUCUGCGUCUUGUCCAGCCACGAAUACAGAAUACUCCCAGUUGUCUCCUACUGGAAGUGACAGCACUCAUCACUUGCGAUCUAGGAAACAAAUCUGGCUUCCAACAAGUCUCUUAGGAACUACAGCAGAGGACGCUCUCAACAACUCGAGACUGAGGCCCAACAGGGAAUAUCCGGUCGCAGAAGCAUUGAAAAGUCCAACAUCAGUAAAGAGUAUGAAGUCACCAUCGUUACCCCCCGAGGAAGCUAGUGAGAAGAAAAGCAAAGCUAAAGAAGAAAAUGACACAAGCCAUUCAAAGUCAUCACCUAUGCUUAACAAUGAUGUUGGUAAAGGAUCACAACAAGAAUCUUCUGAAGAGGAAGAUAUUAGUGAAAAGAAGACAAAGAAUAAUGAAAACAUGAAGUUAAAAAAGGUGAAUUCCAAAAAGAAGUUUAAAAAGAAAAUCCCUCAAGAACUGGCCAGUUUGAAUCAUAAUGAUAAAAGGAAAAAGAUUCAAAGGAAAAGGCUGUCAGUUGAAGAAAAGCUAAUAGAAGAUAACAGAACUUACUACAAAGUGGAAGUGUUAAACUCAAAACUACGUUCUACAGGGUAUUAUAUAUCUCAGAGCCAAAGAGAGCUUGAAAUGAGUAAAGCAAACGGAAACGAGGGGUGUGUCAUACAGAACUGUGCAGAGCCCGUUAAAAGUGAAGUAAAAUCUGAAGAAAAGGAACCUGUUGUUGUCAGAUUUAAGAAAGUUAGGAAAACUGAACUAACAUUGUUGAGUGAUGAAGCUGAAAGUUUUAUGUUUGGAGAACCUUCGAGAAGAGAAAGUUCAGUUUCUACCGUUUCCUCUGAGGAAGACGAUGAUGAAGUCUCCCUUAAGAUGGAACCAGACGAACAAGAUAGGAUUGUUACAAAAAUAAAACGAGAAGUUUUAGAUGAGAGUUCCAUAGGUAGUUGUAGCAUUACAAGUAGUUCAACUUCCUCAAGAAGAAAAAGGAAGAACGCUGAUGAAAGUAUCAUUCAAGAUAAUAUUGAUUACUACAAACUAGAGUCAUCAAGCUCCAGAUUGAGGCUUCAGAGUGCAUUAUUCCCAUCUACUCCAAUCAGUAUUAAAACAGAGCCAACAAGCGAAACAAAGCCUGGUAGUUCUUUAAAAGUCAAACUAGAUGAGAGUAAUUUUGGUCCGGAGAGCACAGUUAGUACAGGAAAAUCUCAAGAAAAUAUAGGUCCUAAACCCAGUUAUGAAGAUUUAGAAUUCUCUUUCGAAAGUGUUCCCACCCAUGAAUCAUGGUAUCAGGUGUUCAAAAGACAAGAUGAGUGUAAUGAAAUUUACUACCCUAGAUAUAGUCAGUAUCCUAAAAUUCUUCUACCCUACGAGUAUCCGAGUUCAGUUCUAAGACAGUUCAAGGUAGAUGCUCUUAAAGAAAAGGUCGGAAAAAGGAAAAAGAGAAAAGAAGCUAAGUUACAACAGCUCAUAAUAGAUGAUAAACCGAGAAAGUCACCGAGGUGUCACGCUUCGACACUGGCAAUCAUGUCAAGCCUGAAGAGGCGAAGACCACGAGACUCCCCUGAGAAAAAAUCUGAUCCCGUGAGUGAAAUUUCCCUUCCACCUUGUGAGAUGAUAGUCCAAGACGAAGAGUCAAGAUGCAGUACAAUCAUUGAACCACCGUCUGUCGCUCCCUCGGAUACACAAAUGUCAUCGGGACAAACAGUUCUAAUACCAGAGAUAAGAAUAGACACAAAGCCUGAUUAUUCCACUCAGCAAAAGAAAAUCGAAGAAGAAAUUAAAAAGGCCGAAGAAGACAUUGAUAACUUGUUUAGUGAAAUGUGCAUGGAGAACGAGGAAGAUGUUUUAUCUCAUUUAAUUUAUUCCAUAAAGAAAGAAGUUGAUUCAUCCCCUACUAAAGACAGUCCAAAAAAAGGUAAGGGGAAAAACAAGUCUGUUUCUAAGCGUGACAAACCUGAAGAGUUUCCUGAUGUUACUACCUGCUUACCAGUUGAUCCUGAAGUUUUUGACGAAGUCGUGCCCGAAAGCAAUUUAUCAGAAGGCCCAAUUGUUGAUGUACUCAAUCUCAUUGACACUUACCGAGGAUGUUCCAGCAUGGAGCGUGCUGACUACGAACAUUUAAAUCCUCACGCUGUGGAUGCAUUAAGAGUGUUAAUAGCUGAAUCUUGUAACAGUUCUGACUGCGGGGGCUCCUCCGCUUGUUGUGAUUAUAGCUUUUUAGGAGAAGAUGGAAGAGUCUGCAAGAAGAGAAAACGAAAAAAGCGAAAUAUGACAGGAUGGCCAGCUAAGAAGAAAUUUCCCAAGAAAGGUGAAGAGUUGAGCACAGUAGUGUUGAGAAGAAACUGCAAAGCAAGAGGCAAAUUUUCCCAGGUGGAACCUUCAAAAGAUAGCCAGAGUGACGUUGCUGACGAGACUGAGGACGAUGUGAAGAAAGAACCUUGUGAACUUAGUGUGACUAGGGAUCAGACGAAUGAAGAAAGUGAUAUGAAAUUGGAUUCAAAACCGUGUAGUAGUAUUUCUAGGACACCCAGCAUUGACUCAUCUUCAACCAAGAGUUUUGAUGUACAGUCCUGUUGUGUUAGAGUUAAGAAAAUGACAGAUAACUGUGUUGAGUCAUUUUCAAGACAUUUAAGAAGUUCAGAUUCUAGUCCUAACUCCUCCUCUAGAAGAGGGUCCUCAAGGCAAGCUAAAAUUUUGGGUAGAGAAUCGUUAAGAAGGUGUAGAUGAGAUCUGAAUUGUAAAUAAGUGUAGAUAUUAAAAGAAAGUAAUAUAAGAAAAUCAAAAUAAAACAAAGCUGUCAUAUCAAACUAGCCAAAAAUUUAUUUUUUUACAAAAUUUAUUUUUAGCUGUCUAUUUUAUUUUUUCAGCAUAACAAAAACAUUUUAUUUAAUUUGAUAAAAGUUACAAAAGUAUAGUUGGAAAAAGGUAAUGUGAUUAUUUCAGAAUCUAAUCUGCUCCUUGCAUACAAAUUGAAUUGUCGAUUUUGUUAUAUAUUUUGACGUAUGUCUUGGAAACAUUUAAAAUUAAAUACUUGUAAAAAGGAACAAGUUUAUAGUAUUUGACCUAACAUUAAACAAGUUGAUUUGCCAUUCUGUUGAGAACUAAUUCCUUAAAUUUGAAAUAAAGGACUAAACAAUCUUCAAAGUUUCUAAUUUUUGUAGAUUAAAAAAUGGAUAGAUAAUUCUUCAAUCUAAUGGAAAACCUAUGAAAAAUUUAUGAUUUUGCAGUAAUGAGAAAAUAACUGAAUGUACUACAAAAAAGGUGCUGUAUGGUAAAAUAACGACAUAAUAAGGUAAAAAUUAUAAAAAAGUUAAAUUAACCUGUGUCCACCAAUUUAUCCUGUUAUAUCCUUUACAUGAAAUGUUUAAAUCGCUUAAAAAAAAUAAUAAUUGUAUAAGGCCAUUGCACUUUUUUCUUCAUAAACCAUUUCGCUGGUGGAUAGAAGUUUUAUUUUACAAAUAUUUGUUUUCAAUGUUUCCAACUGUGUGUUUCUAACUCAUAAAAUUAUAGGAAAUUCAUGUUCACUAGAUUUUAUUAGUAUUGUAUUGGAUAAUAAGAACGUUAAAAGACCGACCAAAUGGAGCAAAGAAGAUAAACAUGUCUUCAUUUUAUAUUGCACCAUUUUAAUAUCUUUAGAAAAGAUUAGUACAUUUGAAGUAGGGAUGGACGGGAUUGAAUUUUUAGUUCGGCACGGAAUUUUAAUUUCCUUCCAGAUUUUCGGGGCGGGACGGGAUUUUUUCCUGUGCAUAAAAAGGGUUUGUUUUUAAAGUCUUGAGUAUUGCAGUUAAAAAUGACAAACAAAGUCAAAUUUUACCGUUUGUGGCAGUGAUUUAUAUAAAAAAAAAAAAAAAAAACAAGGUAAACAAUUACAAGGAUAGAAACUUGUGUUUAGCAUUGGUAUGACUCUGCAGUCACGGCGUCGAAAUGACUCGCAAUCACGGCGUGAUCUUCGAAAUGACUGGCAGUCAGAGCGCAAUGGUCGAAAUUACUCGCAGUCAUGGGACAGUGGUCGAAAUGACUCCAUGGUCACAGCGUGAUCGUUAGUAUGACUCUGCGGUCAUGGCGCAGUUGCAAAUUGACUCCGCGGUCACGGCGCGAUCGCCGAAAUGACUCGUGGUCACUUAGGCUACUGCGUUCACGGAACUAUCAUGAACAUCUCUCGCGAUAGCGGCGUUAUCGUCACUCACGUUGCAGCAAAAUUGCCAAAGAUCGGAUCAAAUCCCAUCCUGAAAAAUUCCCGAAUCAAAUGUAAUCCAAUCCCGAAAAUCGGGAAUAUUUUUUCCUUGAAAUUUUGGGGUUCAUCCAUCCCUAAUUUCAAGCUAAUCAAGUUAUCAUAUUUGCCUUUGAUGUAUACUACAAUUGAAUUUACUUUUCUAGUAACAAUUGGCUUUAAUAUUAUCAGGACUAAAAAAUAAGCCUUGUGAUUGUAGAAUAUUAAAAAGUUCCUAUAGAAAAUUGAAUUGCUCUAUUGUUAAUAUGUAUUGUAUUGUAACCAAUGUGUAAUUAAGUGUUUUCAUGUCGAUACAAGUGAACAAAUUAUGUUAAGUCACUAAGAAUUUAAUUUCCAUUUUGCAAUAUUGCUAUAGUAUUUAAAUUAGUCUUCUACUGUCUACGUAAAUAAGUUUCUACUGGUUAAACCUUUCUGUUACUUUCUAGUUAACCCGUGUGUGUUUGUGCGUUGGUUAAAAAAUGUUUGUGUUCAUUAAAAUCAAAAGAAGUAAAGUGGAAAUUUUUUUCCAUUCACGCAAAACUUGGGAACCAUUCUGUUUUGGCACUUGCUGCUUCAAAGACUUUUUUUUAUCAUCUGUUAGGUUUUGCACAACUAUAUUUGUUUAAACUAAAAGCCAUAUUGCCAAACAAUAUUCUAGCCUAGCUAAAAGAGGUGUUUGGCAUCAUUUUUGUGAUGAAAUUUAAAACGAUUAUGAUUGUAAUAUUCCCAGUGAUGUUUUAUACAGCAAAAGUGUGUGAAGUAAGAAGUAAUGAAAGAUCGUUGAAUUUUUCUUUAGAAAAUCCUCAGAAUAAGGGGAUAAUUUGAAUAAUCGGAUUGUAUCUCUUGAUAGUAAAAGAUGUGCUAAACAAUUUUGACUAAUUGGACAUCCGGAAAAAUUAAAUAAAAUUUUUGUUGGUUUUUUGAUAAAUUGAUUUCAAUUGAGUUUUUUAUGCACGUAAUGAAUUUAAACUAGGCUCUAGCCUGGGAUUUUUUUGUUCUAGCUAGGCCUAGAGAUUGUAGCAUUAUGACCUAUUAUAAAUCCAUUGGUGAUUGUCGUAAUUUGAACCUGGGACCUUUAGGACCAAAGUCCUGGACUCCACCACCAGUCCCAGCUCACUCCCCUUAUAACUUUGGUAAUAACAUGUUAAAAAUUAAAUUAAUCACUGACACUUGAUAGAUGCUACAAAACACAUUUUCACUGUAUACAAAAUUUUAGUCUGCAUUUAUCAACCACUAAAAAUUCCUAGUGAGCAAGUUUUUCUUAACUGACGCUCUACCUGAAAUGUAUUUUCAAUAAAUUUAUCAUUAUUUAAAAAUUGCAUAAAUUAAUUAAAACUAUUUUUAGCAACUGAAAUGAAUUAUACCAGAAUGUAGUUAGCCUAUAAGUUUUUUUAAAGGUUUUGUUUAACUUAAGACAACUAAUGUAAAUAAAUUACUACCACAAUAUAUUAUUUAGUUUAAGAAAUGACUGAAGUAUUAUUUAUUUUAAUUCAUUGUUAGAUUAUCAAAUACAGUGUGAUGAAGUAACUCUUAUAUGUAGCCGUGCCAUCCUUAUGAUUUUGUGUUUAGCAUAAUCCUUAUCAAAUUCACUUUGUUACUUCUUAAUAAUGCAUUGCUAUAAAAUCAAGCACACGGAAACUACCUACACAAAAAUUGAAUUGGGUACAGUAUUUUGAUCUUUAAUAUUAAAACUACAUUACCGUGCCAAAGUUUAAGGUUGAGGUGUAUAAAAUCCCUCAUGUUUUUUCAACCAUCUACACACAAAGUGCAGUAUUAAUAAAUGUUCACAGGGCGCACAUGCAUUGUUUACGAUUUAUCCCUCUUUAUAAAGAAGAUUUUGAUUAAUUUUGAACUUGUUGCAUUAUGAAAUUUUAUUUUAAUUUAAAUUUUGCUAUGGACAUUUUUGUGAUUUAUAGGUUUUUAGGUUACAAAGUAUCCAUGGCUUGUCAGCACGUUUUAUGGGAAUAUUUUUUAUUUGUACAUACAUUUUAUACAGUAGCAUUUAUCAUAAAAUGGUGUCUAUAAUAGAUGCGACAUAGAGUAUUUGAAAGAGUAAUGUAUAGAUAAUAUUGUACAGUAGAGUAUAUAAAUAGAAUAGCAAAUUUUUUACAACCAAAGAGUCUGUCUUGUGCAUUCUUUUAGUUAAGAUAUUGUAAAUAAAAAUUAUU